AUGGGUCCAAAGCUGAAUGUGGCCCUCAAUAGACCUCUCAAUGGCGAAUUCUAUGUUUCUAACGAGCCCAUUUCCGGUAUCGUGGACUUAGAACUGCCGAAACCAGCCUCAAUCAUCUCAUUAUCGAUCGCGCUCCGGGGUACAUCCCAAACGUACGUACAAAUAACGAAUACCGACUAUUUGACAAAUGGAGCAUUUGGAACUCGUUCCAGUCAUACUUUGGUCCACCAAACCCAGACGUUAUUUCCACCAGAAAAUAUAAGAGAAGCGUCGAGUGGAUCCAAAAAAGGGUUUCAGUUAUCGAAAGGUCAUUACAGCUACGCAUUUGAAUUUCUGAUGCCCAACCAGCUCAAAUGUAUAGGUGAUCAUGGCAGAGAAAGCUCAGGAUUCAAUAAAACCACGCCAGACCCACGGUUGCCUCCUAGCUUCAACAGUGACGUAAUUGGCGAAGGCAUGGUGGAUUGCGAAAAUACUUACUACAAAACGGGAUCUGUCACUUACUAUAUGAAAGCUGCUCUUGUUUUGGGUAAAAUCGGGUUGCGUCUGACCCCUGGAAAUACAAUUGUUGAGGUUUAUCGAGCACUGGAGUUUAUGCCGUCGCCUUACGACAACGGCGAGCAUCCGUUAAUUACACAUUCUGACGCUGGUCCAUUGCAAAAACUUUGGUCUAAGAAGGAUUUCAAAGUUGGUCCAAAGUGUGCUGCUAAAGUUGAGGUCAAAUCUCCAUCACUAAAUCGUGUGUUCAGAUUGGACUAUUUGUUUCAACCCGGAUGUAACAAAUUUGAUCAAAUCUCAGUGACGGUUAAUAGGAAACCAGCUGAAAUGCUUAGUAUCAAGCUUUUGCAGCUGAAACUAAACUUAAUAGAAAUUGUUAACUACCUGUCACAGGGCCAGGUAAAUGCAAUGAUUGGUACGAUUCCAUUGGUUGAGAUAAACCCUAAUUUCGAACUGAAAAUUUGUAGGGUCAGGAAUUCUCAGGAUGGGUCGAUGGAAUGGCCUUUGGAUACCAGUCAAAUUCCAGAGCUUGUACGGUAUCGAUUUAACGAAACUAAUAUGUUAUACCGUGGAAACCGACUGUUCAGCUUUGCAUCAUGCAACAUAAAGCGGGCCUUUAAGUUUUGCCUUGGGUUGAAGCUGGACAUCAACGGAUCAGUUUUCGAGACAGAAGUCUUGACAACGAUAUGUGACAUUGGGUACUUCUCGAUAGAGGAUCAUGAGGAGCUCCCUUCGUAUGUGGUAUCGGAUGUGCCUCCAUUUUAUUCGGACCGGACCGAAGUGGCUAUUUGA